AUGAUAAAGAGGUCUCUCCACACCACUGUCCAGCUCCACGCUGUGAAGCCAGUGUUCAAGCCUCAUAAUGCCAGAAAAGGAAUAAAGACAUUCGACGACAAUUUCAAUACGCUGGAGAAAAAAGACGAUCGCAAAAUAUGGGAACGCAUGAACAUCUCAAAGGAUGAGUUCUUCGUCAGAAAGUACGGCAACAUCACGGCAGAUGAGAGGAAAAAGUUGGAUCAGAAAGUCGCAAAGCAGAGAAGACUACGUGAAGAGCGCCGUAAGCAUGAGCUUGGUGAUUCUUAUGAGGACCGGACGCGGAGAGAGCCAGUUUCUCUCAACCCGCUUUCUGAGUACGUGUUUGGCACCCACCCUGUCAUUUCGGCCCUAACAGCUGGUAAAAGAGAUUCAUUCAGCAAGCUUUAUACGUUCAAUACGCGAGAGCACACCGGAAAGAUUUUACGUCUUGCCGAGAAGUAUGGCAUCAAGGUGGUGGAGAAGAAGAGCAAAAUGGAGAUGAACAAACUCAGCUCGAAUGGAAACAUCUUUAAUGUCGAUACCUUCGAAGGUGAGUACGAUGUGACCACCAUCAAUGAGGAGACGGGUGCCAGAGAGAAGAAAAGGUAUCCGCUAGCUAGGGGAAUUACCAGACCUAAAAAAGACAUCAAUCCUCUUGGGAUCUACCUUGACGGAAUAACCGAUCCUAUGAACUUCGGCAACAUUGUCAGAUCUGCGUACUUCUUGGGCGCUGACUUUAUUGUUGUUCCUAGUCAGGAUUCAGCACGGAUAGGACCUGUCACUGCGAAAGCCUCCGCUGGAGCGCUUGACAUGAUGUCGAUUUUCAAGACGAGUGAAACCAUGCCAUUUUUUGACCGCAUGAAGAAAAGCGGGUGGAAUAUUGUGUCUACCACAUCAAGGCCAAGUGAAGCAGAGCUUGAAUCGAUGAAAGAGAACCACGCCAGUCAUCUCGAAAACAAGUUUGUUGAAACUAGUGACUUGCCAGUUUUACUCAGUGAAUCUCCUGUUCUUUUAGUCUUGGGCAGCGAGGGUAGUGGUAUCAAAAAGAACUUGAUGUUGCGUUCCGAUUACCUCGUAGCUAUGAAAAAGGGUAGGGCUGACGAUGAACAUAAUAUUGUCGAUUCGUUAAACGUUGGCUCCGCUACCGCCAUGGUCAUCAGUCGGUGUUUGGACUGA